GGGCUCGGGCGUCGCCGUCGGCCGCGGUCCUGCGCGGUCCCCUCGGCGGUGGCGGCGCCGCGGGCGGGGCGAUGGCGAAGCUGCGCGUGGCCUACGAGUACACGGAGGCCGAGGACAAGAGCCUGCGGCUCGGCCUGUUCCUCAUCGUCUCGGGCGUCGUGUCCCUCUUCAUCUUCGGCUUCUGCUGGCUCGGGCCCGCGCUGCAGGGGCUGCGCGCCACGGCGGCCAACUGCACGGUGCUGUCGGUGCAGCAGCUGCGCGAGGAGUUCGAGUGCACCUUCACCUGCGGCUCCGCCUGCAGCGGCACCGCGCACUACCCGUGCGUGCAGGUGUUCGUGCGCGGCCCCGAGGCCAGCUCCCGGGCGCUGCUGCACCCCGACGAGCGCCAGCUGCUCGCCAACCCCAAGUGCUCCUAUAUUCCUCCCUGUAAGAGAGAAAAUCAGAAGAACCUGGAGAGCGUCAUGAACUGGCAGCAGUACUGGGAGGAGGAGAUUGGUUCCCAGCCGUUUACCUGCUAUUUUAACCAAUUUCAAAGACCGGACGAUGUGCUCCUGCAUCGCACGCAUGAUGAGAUUGUCCUCCUGCAUUGCUUCCUCUGGCCCCUGGUGACAUUUGUGGUGGGCGUCCUCAUCGUGGUCCUGACCAUCUGUGCCAAGAGCCUGGCCGUCAAGGCGGAAGCCAUGAAGAAGCGCAAGUCCUCUUAGAGGGGAGGGGGCUGUGGAAGGGAGCACAGGAGCUGCACUCAUUGCACACGUCUGCCUCAGAGCUUCGUCCCGGCGCGGGAGCUGGAAGCGGCUAUGCAGGGUCUCCGAGAGGCUCCUCCCUCAGUGGCAGCAGGAACAGGCACAACUGGAAGACGUGGAGCCUCAUCGAUUGUACUCCAUGUGCCGUGGCAAUGGCCAAAGGGUCGAGCUCUUAGCUGUAUGGAGUAAUCAGAAAAUCCUAUAAGAAGUUAAUUUUCUUUGGAAAGUAAUAGUAUAUAAUUGUACAGUGUAGCAUAUAAACCACUAUGAUUUAUGCUACUUAAAUAUAUUAAAAUAGAGUGGUCUGUGUUCUUUUCUAUUUCCUUUUUUUAUGCUUAGGACACCAGAGUUUAAAAAAAGUGUCUUCUAGGUUUCGUUUGAUUCUGCUAGAUUAAACUUCUCCUUGGAGACAAGGAUUCUGCACAAGUCUUGACCUCACUAUAUAAUCCCCAGUUUCCAUCACUACAGGGUACCUUUGACUCCUGCUUGAGGAAAGGCAGCUGUAAGGUCAGCUCAGUCUCCAGGCACUUCUGAGACCCUGCAGCAGGGGCCCCGAAGACCCGGAAGAUGUCCUCCGGCACUCGGCUUUGUGUCUCCGCCAUUUUUCUCCAGGCUGUUUCUUCAGAGAGGGAGGAGAUUCUGCACAACGCCUGUCCUGGCCCUGAGAGCACGUGGUCCUUUAUUCGUCUGUUCUUGUCAUCUUGA